AUGGCCAAAGAAAAGCUUUCAGCUGCUUCAACUCAACCGGUUGAUCUUGACAAUAAACCAUCGGAGGACCUCCCUCUUGAUGAUAGUGUUACAACUGAAACUGCUCAAGCCGCUUCUACUACUGAAGAACCCAAGAGUACUUCUACUGCACCAGCGGAAGACGAAGAAAAUGCGCCACCCAGACCUCCCAGACCUGAAUCUCCUAUUCUGAAACUCCAAAGAGAGAUGAAGGAAGCAUUUCCUGAUGUUGACGAGAAGACUAUUUAUGCAAUAUUGAUAGCUUCUCGAGGUCAACAAGAGUAUGCUUUUAAUGCCUUACUUUAUUUAAGUGAUCCCAGUUACAAGCCAGAGAUCGCCUUAGUGGAGCAACCUGUUACUACAUCUGUAUUAGGAGGAACAAGAGGAAACACAGGUACUGGGAGUGGUAAUACUGAGGAUGACGAAAGACUUGCACGUGAAUUGCAAAAGGAGUUUGAGCAAGAAGAAAGAAUGCGUAGACGAGAAUAUCGUAGGGCUCAACAACAUCACCAACAUCACCAACAUCAACUGCAAGAUGCACAAGGGAAUCAAGACCUGGAAAUCCCAGACGAAUUUGAACAGAUAAAGGAGACUUUUGCCAAAGGUGUAGAAGACGCUCGUUCAACAAUCAAUGGUUGGGUUUCAUCAUUAGCUAAGAAAAUUGAUAAUAAGAAGAGUGAUGAUGAUGAAAAUGAUUAUGGUAAUAAUGGUGGUCAAGGUAAUGCAGUGAAUUCUCCUAAAUUAUUUGGUGCUUUAGGAGGAUCCAGUGUUACUGGUAGGACUCAAGGAGGAAGACAAGGUGGUAAGGCACGUUUCGACGAAGAUCCUGUGAUCCUUUCAUCUGGUGUUAAUCUGAUAAGUUUGCACAAUCAAGAAGCUGAUGAUUCUGAAGGUCCCGCAUUACCUAAACGGAAGGAGAGUCCUGGAGCUCCACCAAGUACCAAAACUUCUGCGAAACCAAGUAAAUGGCAACCAUUGAACUCCGAUGUUCCAGUCAACUCUGAUGCGUUUUUGGUAACUGACAGCGACGACGAAUUGGAAAGUAAGAAAGAGAAGAAAUAG